AUGUCCUCUCAUGCUCUCCUUCUCCGUCUCUUCCUCUCUCCCUCUUUCUUUUCAGUUCAUGUUGCCCUUCGUUAUCUACUUCUCUAUGCAGAUAAUAUCGGAAUAACCUACUAUCUCACACGCAGGCUGCGCGACCUCAAUAUUCAUGAUUUACAUGACGUAUGGGGCUUUAUCUGCCACCUUCUCAUCACUCAUCCAACCAAAUCACGGGCUCUUGAGUCUUUCGUUGUAGAUAUUGCCAAGCGAUCUACCCACAUAGCCUUAAUCACCUUAUGGUUCCUCCAGGCAGCCCUACAAGAUCUAUCUUCUCGUCGUGACUCUCAGUCCUUUGUGAUAUGCCAGCGCGUCUUGCAUAAGUGUCACGAAAUCAUUUUUAGUGAUCCUCCGGCCCCUCGCCUUCUUUCGUCUUCGCCAUACGCUAGCUUACAUCUCCCAACAUACGCACCCCGUCGCAAAAUUAAACAUCACGCGGAACCUGUCUUCGUUGGUAUUGGUGUUAUAUUGGCGGGUGCACCAGGCAUGCCACAAUUGGUGAACUUUACUGGACAAGUUGUAAUUGAGCAAGGACGAGCAGACGAGGAGGGCGAUAACUUGCGAGGCGUCGAACCCCAUGCUGACGAAUUGGUCCCAAACACACCCGAGUCAAUGGUGUCUUCAAACGAUCCAGGCGACGAUCAAGACGCAGUCGACAGGCCGCUUAGCUCAGAAGACACCCCAUCCUCUGGCCCCUCAUCUAGGAUUGAAAAUAUGCCAAAACAUCAUAGAUCGUUGACUCGCAGGCGUACAGUAGCUGGUGCCCAGACGGUACCAGCACUCCCUCUCCAUUUGCGUACCAUCCGGAGAUCACGAGCAUCUGAGGAUCCUCUAGGACAACUUGAUGUGGAGCUCAAUGCAGUUCCUUAUCAGUCUUCACCCUCUCUCCCGUCAGCCCGAACACCGUUACGCUCUGCGGCUUCAAAUCCAGCAGAUACCUUUUUAGAGCAAUACGAUCAACAAUCCCAGUCCCAACUUUUACGAAGUCACUACUGUCUCUCAGAGGUCCAAUUUCUCCUGAGUCUGGAAAACAUUUCCAAUCGAUUACUUGUCGUCCCUAGGCCAGCUCGUGUCAGCGCUCUUCGAGCGGAAUUGACGGCCUUGAACCACAAGCUUCCAGCCGAGGUUUGCAUGCCGAUGUGGUGUUCGUCCUCAGAUACGCCGCAUUCGCCCAAUGGACGCCCCGAACCUCAUCACCGAAUUGUUCGAAUACCACCCGGUGAAAGCGUGGUUUUGAAUUCAGCAGAACGGGCACCCUACCUAUUGUUGGUGGAAAUCCUCACUGACGAUCUAGAUUUCGAUCCUGGCAAGCGAAGUAACAAGGAUGUGCUGAGAAAGAUUGCUAUAAAGGAAAGUGCGCGUAAAGGUACUGCAUCUGACCUCGAUGCCGAUGUCGGACAGCUUGCGCAUGAACGGGAAAAGCAAUCUCCGCGUGUCGUGGUAGCCUCCGAGCCUAAUGCAUUGCCAGAUAUAUGUGUUGAUGAAGAAAUUGACUUGGUUGAACAACUAUACGGUGCUGAUAAACCCCUUCGUUCUCGAACUGCUGACCUAUCCGAAUCCAUCGUCUUGCCUCCAACUCCCAAGAACCGAGAGCUCGACAUGGCGGCCUGGGCCCGGUCAUCCCCAGUUCCUUCUCCGUAUCUGGACGAUUCAUCAUUUUCCAGUAGACGGGCUCCAACCUCCCGAGUAUUCAACUUGACCCCUUCGCCUGGGCCGACAUUGAAUGUACAGGAAUAUAGUGGCAUCAACGAGGAAACACAUAUACUUUCGCUCGACGACUACUCGGAACGCAUGAGAACGGCCGCCAUUAUGCUGGCUCAACUCAACGCUAGUCUCCUUCGAGAUCCAGUCCCAGUUGCAAAUGGGUUACCCGCGGAUGAACAACAACGCCGAAUGCGAGGAAGCCCUCAGAAUGGAGCUACUGAGCAGCCUUCGUACCGAAUGAAGCUGCAUUAUGUGGAAGCCGCUGCUAUUCGAGAUCGCAUAAUGAAGGAGAUGUUGUCUUUGGAGGAGGAAAGAAUGGAGCGUAUGCGAGAGACUGACGGAGGGAUUAUGAUGCGGGGCGGUGACGUCAGCGGAAGCCUUAAAUCUGUAGAGGAUGAAGGGAUUAUUCGUCGCGAACUGAACAAGGUCGAUCCGUCAGCCGUUGUUUUCAGUGAAUCAUGGGCAACCAAGAAGAGUCGGAUACGACAUGCCUCUCCGUAUGGCCAUCUCGCAAACUGGGACUGUGUCUCAGUCAUUGUGAAGACUGGUGGUGAUCUGCGUCAGGAGCAACUUGCGGUACAACUCAUACGCGAAUUUCAAGGGAUUUGGGCAGAGGAAAAGUGUUCCUGUUGGGUUAAAUAUUUUCGCAUUGUGAUUACAGGUAGUUCAUCUGGUUUAGUAGAAACCAUAACCGAUGCUGUAUCAAUACACUCCAUCAAGAAAGCGGAGUAUGCUAAAAGGUUUGCUGAAGGAAGGCUUGGUCAUGUAACAUUAUUCGAUCACUUCAAAUCGACGUAUGGCGACCCAUCCUCAGCAAAAUUUGCAAGAGCUCAACGGAACUUUGCGAAGUCUCUAGCAGGUUACUCCGUUGUCACCUUUCUUCUCCAGGUCAAGGAUCGUCACAACGGAAACAUCCUUUUGGACCGCGACGGGCAUCUGAUUCACAUUGAUUUUGGGUUUAUCUUGAGUAAUACCCCAGGAAAUAUGGGUUUUGAAGCUGCGCCAUUCAAAUUGCCUUCUGAAUACGUCGAGGUGUUGGGAGGACUUGAUGGUGUUGCAUAUCAUGAAUUUAAGCGACAAUUCCGUGAGGGUUUUGAAGCUACUCGAAAGCACUGUGAUCGAAUCAUUACACUGGUCGAACUGAUGCAGAAAGAUUCGACAUUACCUUGUUUCAUAGCUUCCGGGGACCAAACAGCGAACCAGCUUCGUGACCGAUUCCAACCCACGCUCACACAUUCUUUAGUUGGAGAAUACAUUGAUCGUUUGAUUGACAGUUCUCUUGGGUCGCAUUGGACACGACUAUACGACUCGUACCAAUACUAUUCGCAGUCUAUCCUCUGAUCUGCCUCAGGAUCGAUGACGUUGGCCUAACAAUAGUACUUAGAUUACAACGUCCAUAAAUAAAGCUACCUCGCAUCCGCCGAAAUUAUCCCGAUUCUACGAG